AUGACGGUGGACAACAAUGUUGACUUUAGCCUCUACGGUGGAGCAGAGACCACGAAAGAACCUAAAAGUACACGUUCACCGCGUCGAACAGUUGUAGUGACGCCUACUGCGCAAGACGAUGGCAAAUCAUACCCAGGACCACCGCCCAAUCCCAAUGAUUUCCUUUGGCUCAUGACAGAAGAGCCCCACAAAUCACGGCGAACUGCUAUAAUGAAAGUUCAUCCAGAGGUCACAAAAUUAAUGGGACAUACUCCAGUGACAAAAUAUGUCGUCUUCUUUGUCGUGACCCUUCAACUAUCUAUUGCCAUAUACCUUCGUAAUACCCACCCCCUCUCAUGGCGCUUCAUUGCUUGGGCAUAUAUUGUCGGUGGGACCGCCAAUCAUAAUCUUUUCCUCGCUAUCCACGAAAUAUGUCAUAACCUCGCCUUUCGUGGUAUCGCUGCUAACAAACUUCUGUCUACUUUCGCCAACCUCCCUAUCGGGAUACCCUACUCGGCAAUGUUCAAAAAAUACCACAUGGAGCAUCACAGGUACUUGGGGGAGGAUGGUGUCGACACCGAUCUGCCCUCUAGACUAGAAUUGCUUUGCCUGAACAACGUCCUUGGCAAAGUUUUCUUUGCGACCUUCCAAAUAUUGUUCUAUGCCCUCCGUCCGACAUUCAUCAGAUCACAGACUCUUACCCGUUGGCAUUUCCUUAACAUCAGCGUCCAACUGGUGUUCGACUAUUUCUUCAUAAUGCGAUUCGGUAUACCCUCUUACCUAUACUUCAUCUACAGUAGCUUCUUCGCCGGAAGUUUACAUCCAUUAGCAGGCCAUUUCAUUGCUGAGCAUUACCUGUGGGAUGGGCUCCCACAGGAGACUUACAGCUACUACGGUUGGCUCAAUAUCUUCGCAUAUAAUGUUGGAUACCACAACGAACACCAUGACUUUCCUUCAGUUGCUUGGACCCGUCUUCCAGCUCUUCGCGCCCUCGCACCCGAAUUCUACGACACUAUUCCAUCUCACCCGUCUUGGCCAAUGGUGACCAUCAAUUUCAUUCGGGACAAGGAUGUGGGUAUCUUUGCUAGAGCAAAACGGGUAUCCAAAAAGCAUCUCGCGAUGCAACCAAAAGCCGACGGAAAGGAUAUGGAGAACGAUGAUGCCAAUGUUUUGAACGCGUCAAGUAAAACCUUGUAA